GGCUGGUCACGUGGACAGAAGUCAGCUGACAAGGAAGAGCUGGUGUUUUGCGGAAGAGGCUCAGUCGGUCGGCGGGAUGGAAGGCGCGCUUGAGCACCAUUUGGAAGACACAAUGAAGAAUCCCUCCAUUGCAGGAGUCCUGUGCACUGAUUCCCAGGGACUGAAUCUGGGCUGUCGUGGCACUCUCUCAGAUGAACAUGCAGGUGUGAUAUCGGUUCUAGCCCAGCAGGCAGCCAAAUUAACAAAUGAUCCCACAGAUAUCCCUGUAGUGUGCCUUGAGUCAGAUACUGGCAACAUCAUGAUCCAGAAGCAUGACGGCAUCACAGUGGCAGUACACAAAAUGACUUCUUAACCUCAAACCUCCAGAGCACUUACUGAUCUUCAACAACUCACCUUUGUGGAACAUGUUUUGUGCAGAUUGCAGUAGAUUGGCUAUUCAGUGUUACAUGGCAGAAAUUUGCUGGAUCAAGACUGUAAACAUUCUCCUUAUUUAAACCGAACUUCUGCAAUUUCAUACUAUCAUCGAUGGAAAUUGUUAUGUACCUGGAGGCAGUGAAUUGGCGGGUUGUCUAAUUACAACAAAAAAACCCAACCACCCAUCAACUAAUAAAUAAAAAAUGUGCUGUUUUUUCUGUGCUAUUUGACUAAAUGCUUCUCUGUGUUUAAUAAAAUGUGAUAACUGUU